UGCGUUUUGUGUGACGUCCUCAGUGUAAAACGGGUGAUUACAUUUGUUUAAAAAUCUGCUGUUCAGUUAAAAAAACACAACCCAUUCACAGUGAGUGGUUUUAAGAGAUGGUUUCUGGCGUUAAGUACGACGAACUUGCUUAAACCUCGGCGGAAGACAGACAGCGGCUUUGUGAGAGGGGGGAAUAUCUCGGAAUGGAACGCGUCCAAAGGAGAUUUAGCCGCUCUUCUCAUCACGGUACUACAACAAGGAAAAAGUGGCAAAGCGGACCAGGAUAUAAUUGAACCGAAGCGUAAACAACGCGUCCAUCAAAGGGAAACGGGGUUAGAGAGGCUAAACCGGCUGAGUUUACUAUUCCUUUCCCUCCGCAGCUCUCCAGCGGCAGCCGCAGGCUCCCCCGGACACCAUGGUUUGCGCUCCUGUGAGCAGCAGGGAGUUUAUAGUCGCUUCGGCUGAACUGAUAUGAGCGGUGUUCCAUAGAAAAGCGGAGGCAGUGCGUCUCCACAACAAUUUCCAGCGCCUAUUGUGUGAAAGCAGCUCGUCUCGAAGAUGGGGCACCCUCCUCUGGAGUUCAGUGACUGCUACAAGGACAGUCCAGACUUCAGAGAGACCCUCAAGUGUUAUGAAUUGGAGCUGGACAGGACGAGCAAAUUUCUCAAAGAGUUGAUCAAAGACGGGAACAGUGUCAUUACCGCAAUCAAGGGCUAUUCCUUGGCAGUGCAGAAGUUUUCCCAGACUCUCAGUGCAUUCCAGUUCGACUUUAUUGGCGACUCCCUGACGGAUGAUGAGAUUAACAUUGCUGAGUCAUUCCAGGAGUUCGCCGGACUUCUGCAGGAAGUGGAGCGUGACAGGAUGAUGCUGGUCCAGAAUGCGUCCAAUCUCCUCAUCAGGCCUCUUGAGAAGUUCAGGAAGGAGCAGAUAGGCGCAACAAAAGAAAAGAAGAAGAAGUUUGAGAAAGAGAGUGAAAAAUAUUACUCUCUGCUCGAUAAACAUCUGAAUCUCUCUGCCAAGAAGAAGGAGAGUCAGCUUCAAGAGGCUGAUGACCUUCUUGAUAGGGAGCGGGUGAACUUCUAUGAAUCGUCAGUGGAAUACGUAUACCAGAUCCAUCAAGUUCAGGACAGGAAGAAGUUUGACGUUGUGGAGCCGGUGCUGGCGUUCCUUCACAGCAUUUUAACUCUCAACAACUUGACAGUGGAGAUGACUCAGGACUUUAUGCCUUAUAAGCAGGAGCUGCAGCUCAGCUUGCAGAACUCUAGAAACCACUAUGAGAGCACUUGUGAGGAGUUGGAGGAGCUGAUGAAGAGGAUGAAGCAUCCUUCUCAAAUCUCAAAGAUGCAGAACUUCCUGCCGUUGGAAGGUUAUUUGUACUGUCAGGAGAAGCGGGCUUUGGGUGCAUCGUGGGUCAAAUAUUUUUGCAAAUAUCACAAGGAUGGGAGAAUGCUGAUCAUGGUGUCCUGUGAACAGAAGCCUGCAACAAAGCAGGCCCCAACGAUACUUACCCUGAAAUCCUGCAUCCGCCGCAAGACCGACUCCAUAGACAAGCGCUUCUGCUUUGACGUGGAAACCGUGGAGAGAAACGCACCCGUCACUUUCCAGGCCCUUUCGGAGGGGGACAGGAAGUUGUGGAUGGAGGCCAUGGAUGGGAAAGAGCCUAUUUAUCACUCCCCCAUUCACAAGCAAGCAGAAAUGGAACUAAAUGAAACUGGAUUCAAGUUUGUGCGAAAGUGCUUCAACUACAUUGAAACUAAAGGUAAGUUUUUUACUGUCCGUGUUCUUGUUGGUUUCUUACUCGCCUGUUGGGGGCGUAGUUGAGUCGUCUGUUGGCAUCACUCCUUGGGAUUGCUGUGAAGGGGAGCUAUCGCUCAUCACAGCGCCGUUAAAAGGCUCAUAUGAAACCUGCUUCAGGUUGGAAAGCUCUUCCCUCGGCACAUCCAGGCUUCCUACGCAGUCUGGAAAAGUCUCAAAUUUUAUUACAGAGUUUUCCGGAUCUGGAUCAGAAUGAAAAAAGAAAAUAAUAGUGUAUCAAAAUACUUUACUCCCCGUCCCGCUGUCUAAAUGUCCUUGAUACCUUGUAUCAUUCCUUCUUUCUGUCUUUAUUUCUCCUUCUUUCUUUCCUUUGUUGUGCCCUUCGUUAUGCAGCCAUUCAGUCUUUCCUUUCUGCCUCGGCUCUUCCUCAUGCCCUUCUUUAGUUGGUUCUCUUUGGUCUGUCUCAUGUUGUCCUUUCUUUGCCUUC